UGUUCUUUAGUACAAUACUUUUCCUUUUCCGUUAAUUUGCAUGUUCACAAUGCCGCUUUUGUUGUGCAGGCGCCUUGCAUAAAAUGUACAUUAACAAAGUCAGUCUGGUGUGUAUUUUUGUUAUCUGUGUCACAAGUUUUGCUUUCGACGGGUUACAACUUGCGUAGAUUGCCAAAGAUACGUUUAACUUAGUAGAUAGGAAAUCUUUGCGUAAGGUGAGUGUUCGAUGUCUUCUGCUUGUUGUAAAGAGUAGAGUUUUGACUACAGUUUUGUUUAUAAUGUUGUGCUUGAAUAUUUAAAGCUAAGAGGUUCGAUUUGGUUAGUCAAUAACGCACGACACACUUGCCAAAACCGUGCGUAGGCGAUUAAAAUUUCACUUUUAUAGAAAUGUGCGAGUUUCGCUCUAAUUGUACAAUUAUUAUGUAAUACACGGUUGGCCAUGAAAUAUCAACAGCUUGCAUGCUCGUGAUAGCGGCCUCCUGCGUUCGAUCGGUUGAAGAAAGGGGGGAAACGAAGGGUUUGUUGAAGCUAGUUUAACUCUAGUAAUACAUGAAAAUUUGAAUGUGACGAAGAACAAUCUUCAUCGUCGACCUGCCAAUGUUUGAAAUUUAGAAAAACUGAAAUGUAGCGAUUUAGGAUUCCAGCGAGUUUUCCUCGUAUGUUAACACUGCAAACACAAACAUCUUGAGUCAUUGCUUCGAACAAUGAUCUCAAACAGGAGCCCUGUCUCAAAGUAUUUUGCAUGAUCUCGAGCCUUUGGCUUACACAAAUGAGGCUAUGCAAACUUAACAUACAUGGUGUGGUUCAAUCUUAUCCUUGGUUCAAAUUUUAUUUUCUUUUGUUUUUGGGUAUUGUAAUGUAUGAUAAUGAGUUUGAAAUAAAGGAAAGUAAUAUUUGAACAAGAAUAAAAUUGAACCACAACAUAUACAAGCGAGCCAGCUUUUAAAACUUUUACCAAAAUCAAGGCCGAAAUUCGAGUGUGCUUAUUUCACACACUUUAGGAUUUGGAUUGUAUUUUGUCCAUUUAAUGUUAAUGACUAGGCUGUACGUCUCAACAUGGUUAAAAUCUAUAAUUAUAUUACACAUGAGCACAAUAUAAACUCAUCUGCCGCACAAUGCCUUUUCGAAGUGCAUUUGCUUCAGGCACUAAAAUGGUAGACAGUCUUUAGCUAAUUUACAUGUCGCGUUGCUAAGCCAUUUUGAAAUGAGUUUGGCUGGCCUGCUUUGGAAACCCCACAUACGGUGACAUUCAAACCAAGAAAAAUAUGACGUAUGUGUAACAAAUGGUUUAUAAAAAAUUAGUCUCCAAUGAUCUCUAUUCCUUCCAGUUCAACCCCACACCAUGACACUCAGUGUGGAUGGCUUCCUUACGAAGAUUGGGGGUAUGGGACGGUUCCAAUGGAUGCUGGUCUUUGUGGUGGGUAUCAUGAUGGUGCCUGUCACCUUUCAGCCCCUCAUCAUGGCGUUCUUUGGAUUAGAGCCCCCCUGGAAGUGCGCUCAAAACAGCACCGUUUGCAACUUUACAGGUGAGUAGCCGUAUUCUCCGUUACCUCAGGGGAAGGACGAAUGAAAGGACAUCAAUGGGGUUUUAUAAAUUGAUUUAUCAAUUUCCUUUUUUGCUUCUAAGUGUGUUUGACUAUCUUGCUUUCUGGCUUUAAAGCGAUUUUCUUCUGAAAAUCAAAUUUCUCAAGCUUUUGUUCCUCACUUUGUUUGGUGAUUUCCGUUCUAUUAACAUGUUGUUGUUUUUGCCUUUUUAGAAGAAUUCGAUAUGUCAUCGAAUAACCCGAACAAGGAUUUCAGAUGCGAUAUUGAUGACAGUGAAUGGGAGUUCACUAAACCAUACACAUCCAUCGUCACAGAGGUGGGCUCAAUCUCUUCUCACUUCGUACCAUUACGCCGCCGUAAAAUCUCCCAUAAGUCCCCUUGAUAAGGCUAUAAGUUCUGAUAAGUACCCACUUUCUAAUUUUUCCCCUUCCACCCUCCCCCCCCCCACUCCGCUUCCCUUAGUUUAAAACUUCACAUCGAAAAACUGUGCCAAAUAGCUAUCACGUUUUUAUUUUAAUGUAUUUGUGUGAGGUAUUGUUUCACUUAAUAAUAACCUUGUAUUUGAAAACCUACCAAAGUUUCAGUAUUUAAUUUUUUUCGACUAAAUUAUUGCAGACUGCAUACGUUAUUCAUUAGAACUCGGCGAGACUGACUCACAUUCUAUGACUCAGUCAGUUACUGUCAAGUUUCUCGCUCCACCCCUAUCUAAUAAGUCUCCCUUGUCAGUAGGGUCCCCCGGAAGCAUUGGAAACUAAGAAGCCCCGCUCCCUACGGGCCAAUUUGCAAUAUAAAGCACUGAUAUGGUUAAUUACCGUAUCACUUCGAAUAAGCGCCUGGGCACUUAUUAAAAAUUUUCAGCCAAAAAGAGGGGCGCUUAUUUUAAGGCGGGUGCUAAAUUCGAAGGGGGUGGGCGCUUUUAAGAAAGUCUUAUUUGUACUGAUUCCGCUGUAGUUGAAGCUUAAAAAGUUACAAAUUAAGUGGAAGUAGAUCCAUAACUCCCUUUUAUCCCUACUAUUUAGGAAAGUGAGGGAGGAGGGGGAAGGCGCUUAUUCAACAAGGGUGCUUGAUUGGUAUCAUGGUCCACGGGGUGGGCGCUUAUUCAGAAGUGUGCUUUAAAGAGGGUUAACGAUUAUUUGAGGAAAUACGUUAUCUAUGGAAUGCAAAGUAAAUGACCUUCGACUUCUGAUCAACAGUGGCGCUUGGUGUGUUCCUGGUCCACAUUGGCUUGGGUGACCACCUCGAUCCAGUUCCUAGGUUGGCUUUUUGGUAACGUGAUAUUCGGAGUCUUAUCUGACAAGUAUGGCCGCCGAAAAGUUCUCUUCUUUUCAUGCAGUAUGGUUUGUUGGGUGGCAUUUGCCAGUUCGUUUGUUCCUUGGUAUUGGUUAUAUGCUGUCUUAAGGUUCAUGAUCGGCUUUGGUCUCGGUAUGUAUGAAUGGUAGUCACAGAACACUAGAUAGGAUCGAACUAACAGACUUGAUCCGUCAUAGAUCUGAAUUCAAUUGAAUUCGCUCUAUGAUUGGUAAGGCAAAUGCAUGUCACCUUCUCAACCAAUCAGAGCAAAACUAAAACGAUUUGCGAUUUGGAAAGUCGCUUCAUACAGUUUUUUUUUGAGCUCUCAUUAGCUCUUUUUAAAAUCUUCCUUGGCUCUGAUUGGCUGUUGUGAUUACAAAUGCAGGUGGAGCCAUUGUGUGCCUCUUCAUUAUGGCAACUGAAUUCGUGGACCCCAAUCACCGCGCCAUGGCAGGCACUUUUGCGUGGUAUUUUUGGACUGGGGCCUUGAUGCUGGUGGCUCUGUUGGCUUACCUGAUUAGGGACUGGAGGAAACUUUCUAUCGCCACCUCGGCACCAGGCCUCGUACUUUUCAUCUUUUGGAUGUAAGAUGGCGAUGAGUUUUGAUUGCUUUAUAUAGUGGUCGGAACCUGCUUGAGUCAAGCAAACGGCGUAAACAUAAAAAUUUGUUUUUAAUACAGACUAGUUCCUGAAUCAGUACGCUGGCUGACAACGCAUCAACGAGUCGAAGAGGCGGAGAACAUUCUCAAGCGGGUGGCAAAAAUCAACAAAAAGCCCAUGCCCGAGGAGAACUUGGGUCUACCUGACAAUCAGAGGACUACAGAGAAGGAGGCUGGGUUUAUGGAUUUGUUUGGAUCCCGCUCGAUGAUGAAGAAAACUAUUAUCUCUUGGAUCUCUUGGUGAGAGAAUAAAUUGAGGAUUUUUAAGCCUCUAUAAACUAUUCUGGUAUUCUAUCUCUACCUGCCUGUCUGUACAUUGAUUUAUUUGUAGUUUAUGCAAUUUUUUUUAAUUGAAUGUCGAAAUUAAUCCGGAAUUUCUUUGUUUUUGCUUUACUUCGUUUUGUGAUUGGUUCAGAAAAUUCGCGCCACUUUCUCGACCAAUCCGAUUCAAAAUAAAACCAAUCGCACCUCGGUCACGCCAGUUUUGCUGCGCUUCUGGCAGUUUGCUGUUAUUCACUUUGGAUUCUCUCGACUGCUUUGUUCUGAUUGGCCAUGAUGAUUACUUUCACUUCAUUUUACGACACUUAAUCAAAGUGUCGUUCGUUUGUGUUAUUCCUUAUUCACUUUUUUUUCUAAUUGCCUACUUUGAACCGUAAUUUGUUUAUUACUGUAUAUUUUUACCUACCUACAAAAUGUAAUAUUACAAUAUUUAAAUUGGCAUCCGACUAGUAAAGCUUCCUGUGGCUACUUUACUGACUUAUCGAUUUAAUAUAUAUUUCAUAAAAUUUUAUCUUAAUUAUCUUAGGUACAGUGAAUUGCCGUUGCUGUGCGAAUCGCCACUCAACGUAUUUUUGAUAUCAUACAUUUGUUUCACUAUCUUAAUCUUUCUUAGCUGCAAGCGCACGGUCUGUUUUCUGCUUUCUUGACAAUUCCUGCUUGGAAACCAGAACUCAACAAAACAGAAUGACAUUUUUACCUUCCGCGAAGGAGCGAUCUUGUAAAAUUCUAACCAGUUCAUUGUCUUUUCCUGACAGGUUUGUCAACGCACAAGUGUACUUUGGUGUUUCGUUAGGUUCUGUCAUGUUGGGUGGUAACAUUUAUCUCAAUUUUUUCCUAACUUCGCUGGUCGAACUUCCUGGCAAUGCCUUCGCUAUUUACGCCAUGAACAGGUUGGUUUUCAUAAUCGUAAUCUCUGUCUUAUCUUCACUUAGCCUUCGUUAUUUUCACAGCUGAACGCGCGUUUCUCCGCCCACGGGAAGAUUUUACACGGGUCGGGGAGAGGUUUACUGGGGUCUGACACUAAUACCCAGAUCCCUUGCAGACCUCUAAACGGCUUUCAUUGCACAAGAUCUCAAACUUUCCCGCGGGCGAAAAAGCACUCGUGCCGUUACACUAAUAAUAAGGGCCGAUGCACUAAGCUCAGAUCAUUUUCAGGGCACUUAUAUACUCCACUUUUUUCGAGUAACUGUGAAAAAGCGAUCGAUAAUAUCAUUUUCAUCCAUUUUUUGUUUCAGUAGUAAUUUUCUUACCUUUUUCACUGCAAAAUUAAUUUGUUUUCAUUAAGCAUUCUCGUUCAUCCUUUUUUAAGAAUUUUGGUUGUAUCCUACUGACCUCUGAUCCUUUUUUUCUUUCUAGAUUUGGGCGUAAGAAAGUAGUUGUAAUAGGUUUAGUUGUGGCAGCCAUAUCAAAUCUAUUAGUUACUGUUUUUCCUUCUGAUCCUGAUAAUUCAGGUAAGGUAGAUUUCGGACAAAAUCUUUCUUUUCUCAUUUCACAUUUCGACCUUCACCCAAUGUUAGAUAGGACUGACCUCUCAGAUACAUUCUUGGUAGUAUAGUAUUGCAUCUCUAGGCCCACUUUGAGAAACAAUUUUUUCUUUUAUUUCAGCUUUGCAGAAACAGGAAUACAAAUCCUAGUUAACACUCUAACUUUCUCGUUUUGUCCACUUUUGUUCUCCUACCCGUCCCAGGCGUUCAGUUCGUAAAACGUACCGAUAUAAUAAACGGCGCUGUGACAUCGGUUGACUGAAAUUGAGGGAAAUUUGGGUCGAGUAAGGACUUUCCCCUUUUAUUCACUCCUCCGCUACUGUCGCAUUUACUACAGCGCUUGGUUUAAGUAACUAAAGGCCUACCACAGGCCAUCCUGCUUAUACUCUUUUACGUUGUCAGUGAUUUCUCUUUUUUCUCAAUUUUACUCUGUAGGAUACGCAGCAGGACGUAUCAUCUUUGCUAUGAUUGGGAAGUUCUCUGUUAUGAAUUCGUUUGAUGCCAUUUUUGUGUUCUCCUCAGAGUUGUUCCCGACUGUAGUGCGGUAGGGAUCGUUAUUUUCAAGUUAUCAAACAAAGUUUCCCCUCUCUUAUUGGAAAUCUUUAAGUGGUACACAAAGCUGCCAGUUUCGUUUAUACUGAUCUAUGAUUAGCGGUCGGUUAGCUUGCGUAGCAUGCGCUAAAUUUAACUAGGGGCGAGUGAUUUUGUCAGGCAAGCCACAUGCGCGCGAGAGCUUUUUUGCAUGACUCUCGCCAUCUUGCCUUUGUUCGUUAACUGUGAAACCUAAGGUACUUAAAAAUUGUCAUCCAGAAUACUUAAAGUCUGUUUUACCUUCGAUUAUUAUAUUUUUAAUAGCCAUUUAAACUCGGUUCUGCAACGGCGCUGCUAACAACGGAUUGUUUUGGUCCCCGCAUUUUUCGGACAAGAAUUCAAGUGCGAAAGGGAAGUUGUCUUGUUCUAAAAGUAAUUUAAAAUAAAAAUUUUCUUUUCUCACAGAAAUAUCGGCCUCGGUUCAUCUUCAGCUGCGGGCCGUUUUGGUGCGAUCACAUCACCAUUUGUGUUAAGCUUGGUAUGUACGACCCUAUGAUGAGCUAAGAAUUAAAGAACUGAUUUGCGAGACUGAAGUGAAAAAUAGCGUACAUGACCCUCAGCAGUGCUUAAACCCAACCUGAACAAGCUUUUUUUUUGCAGAGUAAGUACAUGGUUCAGCUUCCUUAUAUUAUCAUGGCGGUAGAUGCCUUUGUGGCAGGAAUUCUGUGUCUUCUCCUCCCUGAGACUAAUAACACUCCGACAGCCGAGACACUUAAGGGUGCUGAAGCUUCCGGAGCUACUGAUCUAAGCCUGUUGGCAGCAAAAGGCGAAGACGAAGAGGAGGACCCCGAGAAAAUGACUGUAAUGUAGGGAGAUCUACAGCUAGUAAGAGGGGUUAGUACCUAAAGUCCACUCCUGGUCAGCGUAAGCGAUGUAAAUUAGCAUCUAAUUCCCAACACUUUGUAGUUUCUUGGAAGGAAAAUUUUACUUAAACUUUCUGCUUGUUUAUUAGAGGAACAGAAAGAAACAGCAGUGCUUUUAAUCUAAGGCAGGCUUUCUUUACUACAGAAGUAGUUUUUGAGUAGACAUUCUCGGUUUGGCGUGCAUGCAGUGGUUUGAGUUUUUGAAGAGAUUUUAGAAUCCUAGACGACUUGUUGCCAGAGGUAAAACUGUAUACCAGCGAGCCAUCGGGAAAUCCAAUUGCGUUUUUAAAAGUUACUGAUAAGAAAAGUGGGCAUUUAAUCGGAACUAGUACAAAAGAUCGUCUUCUCUUUUUAAAUUCGGGGUGCAAGGCCAUCGAUCGAUCGUUUCUACCAAGUGCACUUUUCACCAUUUUCGUAACUCUACUCCAGUUACAAAAAUCUACUACAUGUCAAGUAUUAGACCGCAAGUAGUCACGCCUUUUCGGCGAAGUCCGUUUCGCGUCCCAAAAAAUCGGCGGAAAAGGGACUGAUGAUAACGCGCCGCGCGGAACUCCAGGAGAGAGGUACACAAAAAGUACCAAAAGAGUUCCGUACAACUCGUUGACGCCAAUUUCUAUCUUUUUUGUUGUUUAGUUUUUUAUUUUUACCCGCGCGCCAGACUUCGCCAAAAAGGAGGGACUUCUCCAGUCUAGUAUAGUAACAUUAAUUAAUCAUAGGAGUUAUUAAAACUGUUCGAUUAAAGCUGGUUUAUUUAUAUUUAUUAAUGCCACUGACCAAACACAACCCUAUCCUUGGUGAAAAGAGUGCGUUUUGAACAGGCGUGAGUUAUUCAGACGGGCACUCGCGAGCUAACGAGCAAGAAGUCACGCGACAGAUCGCUCGUGGAGAAAAAAGAGCACUUUAUUAAUUGUUGGUAUUUUUUAUAACAAAACUAAAUGCAAAAUACAAAUUUUGAGGGGCUACGAUAUAAAGAUUGCUAGAGAUUCCCGAAAUGUCGAACUUUGUCAAAACGUCGGUGACUGUCACCGUAUCCAUGGUAACCAUUCCUUUUCAGGACUACUCGGACCUCACUAUAAAAACUACAUUUAUCGUUAUGAAUUGUAGCUGCGAAUCUGAAUGGUUUUGCCGAGGGAAAUGUCGGUCAGACGUGAAAGCUGAGUAAAUACAAUACUUUUUGAAGAAGGAAGCAUAGACAAAUCUGCUAAUUCUGGAGCUUAGUCAAGAGAUAAAUCAUUCACGAAAGAGAAUAAUUUCGAUUAUUUUUUUUAAAAAGAUAAUCAGAGUAAUGUCCUAAGAGAUGAAAAGAUAUUCAAAAUGAUUUCCUAAGUUAUAAAAAUGUGCAAAAAAAAUGUUUUUAUCCAAAGUAGGAUGUCCUCUUAAGCCUGGAACAUAACCUAAAUACUUUUCACUUUCUUCGGCGCAUUAGAACUUAUAGCAAGGCAGUGUAAGCAUUGUUUGCUUUCAUUUUAAGGAAUAGUGUCGCGAAACUGACGCACGUACAGUAAAUAGUUCUAUAUUAGAAAAUCUCUUCUUUGUAGAGAGAAGUUAUUGGAAUAUGACCAGGAAGAAUUUUAAAGGUCAAUUUGUAAGAGUCAGUUCACCUAGUAGAUAUCAUUCAUUAACUAAAGAUGAUUCCACAGAAAGAAAAGAGGUCAAACGAUUUUUUGUAACUUUCCUUGAAUGUUCCCAACCAAUCUUUGUUUCGAUAACUGCAAUGAAAAAGUAAGUCACCGUGUUCGCUAAAGAGAUCUGAUAGACCAAAUUUACCUCGUACAUUGACU